AUGCUUGCGGGUUUCAUCAUGGCGUCAGAAGGGGUCAGACCAGCAAAUUUCUAUCCACCUGGUGAGUUGGCCUAUGAUGCGAUAGCUGAACGUCUGACGACCAGCCGAAGGCGGGAAGAUGCUAACAGCACGAUGAUUCGGGAGAUGCAAUCCGGUGCAUUCAUUCCGUGCCUAUUCAAUCGAUAUGACGGACAGGCCGUUUCUGCACUGGAUGCACGAUGGGCUCCUGAAUUCGGAAAUCGAGGUGAAAUCGAAUCUUCACUGGGAGCGACUAUAUCAGGCCUUGAUGCGUCGAUUGCAGCGCUGUCUGGUAUCCCGGUGAUCCACCCGCAUAUUCCAGCGGCGUAUGGAAUCGCUCGAUCUCUGACGUGUUUCUUCCAAUCGCUUCAGACUGUUACCAGGCAUCGAGGAAUGGGUGCUCUGCCCUUCAAUCACAUCGUUUUCCAAGAUGCAGAUUUGGCGCCACCAACUUAUGAAGAGUGGCCCGAUAUGAUAGCGCAGACACCUCGGGCAGUGAUUCAAUCGAUGAGACUUGCCCUGGUGUCGAAUGGAGCAAUGAGAGCAGGGGUGCGCGACGAUCAAGCGUUACCUGAAGGCUUUCGAGUGGUGAAGGCUUUCGAGUGGAUGGUCGGUACCGGCAACGAUGGUGAUGCGCCGGAUAGUCGAGUCGAUGAUACGCUCGAUGGAGAUGAAGAUGUUGACAUGGGUGGGGUACCUGCCGAGGAUGACAGCAAUGAGGUUGCAGCUGCUACGGGCGUUCCGCUCGUUAGCGCUCCCUCAACAGCUACGAUCCAGAGCACUGCUCAGAGCGUUCUGCCACCUGGCGGGAGUAGGCCAGCUGAGCCGACGGAUAUGCCAAGCAGAGCUGCGCCGCUGUCCGGAGUCAGUCCUCGUGUUCUCGAUUUGUGUGCGGACGACUCAGCUUCCGCUCCAGAGAUUAAUCAGGCGGACGUGACUGUAACGGUCGACAACGAGCCUACAGCGAUAUACCGGCCUGACUUGCUAUUCCCAACUAAGGAGCUUGUGUCUCUCGCGCCAACGAUCGAGUACGAGGCCGCUCCUGUGCCGGUUAUUCUCCGUUCAUUUGUAGUGCCCGGAAUGGCAGAAGACGUUGGAGAUGAUGAGACUACGUACGGCCGAGUGAUGGGCAAGACAGUUCUCCCGCCCAGUGAUAAGCAGAGAACCUUCUCUGCUAAGAUGCUGUCGAUGUUUCGCGUCAAGCAGCUUAGCAUUAUCCAUAAUGCUUUCCACCAAAGCGCCGAAGGAAGAAGGGGAAACGCACCACCGGUGCUCAGAGAAGAGACUGUCGGCGCGUGUCAAACGAUCAAUGACCCGGUGAAAGAUGAUGCCUUCGUCGAAUUCAUCGGGAAGAUUUUGUUCCGAGCCCUCACCCAGUCGCGGGUAUACCCCGACACUGGUGAGGACAAUGAAGUGAAGCACGGAGUUCCGAUAUACACUUACUUCGACUCUAGCGGCAUUAUCUCGACGGAGACUACGUUUAAUUACAUGGAGCGAGAAAUUCGUUUCUUGGACAAAGCCGCGAACGGCCAGAGAACCCUCGAAAGAACUACGAUAUAUGAUGAAAACGAGGAACCUGACCGAGUGGUGGUCGAGGCGAUCCGUGAGAUCGCCAGGCGGGACCAUUGCAUACGAUUCGAAUUCUUCCAUGCAGGAAUUAGCAGUGAUGGCAUUCCCAAUUUCGUGGGAGUGCGUGCGAUUUAUGGCUUCGGAAUGAAUAGCUUCUCCAGCUUUCGAAAGUUCAUGAAGUCAGCCGAUUCUCCGUUCACUCCGAUUGCUGCAGACUCCUACGAUGCCAACAAUAGGCACAUGAAUGCGUGCGAUCGGAAUCAUCCAUCAUACGGAUGGCUCUAUGUGUCGAUGAGGGAGUUCAUGGGUCACAUGACCGAUGACAAAAUUAUCCCAUCGAAAGGGUCGCUGUUCACAACGCUCCUUCCGUUCUCGCCUGCAUCAGAUAAGGGAAACGCCUGGACUGAAGCCUACAUGAAAUCCAGGCGAAAGCCUCGUCGUGAGACUCUCAGCGAUGAUGCAUUGGGCGUCACUGCCAUGAAGGAGGGAGCCUCAUCCAAUCGGAUGGUUGCUUGCGCUAUCGAUCUUCACAUUUGCGCACGAUUUCUCAACCGGAUAUACUAUCACGGAGCUGGAUACUACGCAAUCAAAGACAAUAUCCCGAUCGCGUGCAUGGCACUCGCUUUCUUUACCGACACAGGCUCGAUCUUCUUCAACAGCCCAUUCAAAUACAUUGGCGGUCCAGGGUUCGGCACUGGGCCCGGGGCCAGGGACAAUUACGAUCGCGAUAAGAUGCCGAUGCAGAAAGGCGCAACUCAGGUGACUGAGUGGAUGCUCGAUGCGCUCCAGAACUACAACGAUGGUAAGUUCGA